AUGGUUAAUCCGGAGAAGAAACAUUCCUCAAACGAUCGACAUAUAGAUGAUGUAGAUCACGCGGAUCAAAUUUCCGGUGGGGAGGGUUCAUUUAACGACUUAUCGAGCAGUGAUGGGACCUCGACAAGUGAGAAUCCUUCGAUUACUGGGAGAUUGAUGGAGAUUCUCGUGGAGGACGGGGAUGGGGAUCUCCUGCUGCAACGGAGCCAUUGGGAUGGUGAGGUUUUGCAGUGGCUACGAGCUCUGGAUCUGCAGGUCAUGGGGGCAUGCCGUGCGGAUGAGAGGUUGAAGCCUAUGCUGAAGCUCAAUAUCUCCCCUGGCGCAGCUGAGGAUCACCUGCUGGCUCAUAUUAGUCAGCACUUUGAGCCUUCAGAAAUUGGUAUACUAGCCAUGUGCUUGUGUGUACCGCUUGUUUCUAUUCGUGUUGGGAAGGUCAACAAGCAAGGGACCUGCUUGUAUCCUACAUCUAUAAGAGGACAUUUAAAUCUCACUCUUUUGCCUACUUCUAACUUGCGCAUCUCGUUCAAUGGAGAUGAUGGUUGUAUGGAGAGGCUUGCAACGUCAAGCCCUGGGGCCCAAUGUCCUGGUGUAGAAAUUGAAGAAAUCUCAGCAGACAAGUCCGGGCGUUCUUUCUUAGUAAAGAACCCAGUUGGUGAGAUUUCUUAUUUUUGGUGCUCUGAAAAGUCCAAGCUUCUGGGCAGUGAACUGAUCAGAAAGAUGAAGAAUUUACUCACAGAAAAGCCUUCACUGGCUGAAUUAACUGGAAUUAGCGAGUCUCGCCUCAACUGUUUUGUGAUUCACCUUCGAGCUUAUCUGGCUGGAUCAGUGAUGAAUAGUGCUCAAGCUAGUCAUGUUUUGUCGGAUACCCUUUCUCUAGAUAACUCAGUUGAUUCUUCGCGAUUGUCAUUCACAUCUCAGAAGACUUCUCGUUUCCGGCACAAUGGUAGUCAAGGAUCAAAGACAAACCUCCAGGGUAGUCUUAGUCCCAGGUCAAGUUCUUUUACAGGUCUGCCGAGAAGCUUGUCUUUAUUAAGGAGUAAAGAAAAAGAGAGCUCGCCUGGGGAGAGUUACAUUUCAGGUGUUGACAGCCUAAAUGUUGCUUCACCAAAUUGUGCAGAUCCACCUAGUUUAAAUUGCUUUGAGAGGAACAGGCUUUCUGAAGCAACUGGAGCUGACGUGUUUCCUCAAUUGAGUUUUCUGGAUGUACUUGAGAAAUCCACUGACCUGUACCUUUCAGGCCCGGAAGCUCGAGUUCCCUCAAGUUCAUCUUGUUUCUCUCCUCACUAUUGCUGGUGUCCUCCUGUUGCAUCAACUCUGCAAUAUCCUACUGGAACACCGCAGCUGCCCAUUUCAAUCAUUGAAUCAGUAUCUCUACCUCCACUUUCUUCUUUUCUAUCAACUACCAGGUCAUUGAAACCAUCCGAGCCCCCUGUAGAUUUUCCUCCUCUCCUGGCAGAGCCUUUGGUGAGGUUACCAUUGACAAGGCCAACUUCACAGCAGAUCCCAACAUUUACGCCUCUGAUAUGUGAUCCCAUUGUCCAUAUUCCAGUUAUUAAUGUUUGCUCCUCUGGUCAAGGAUACUUGGUCACUGCAGGCCCUGCUAUAUCGACUGUGAUUUCACCCUUCAUCCCAAGUCUUGUGGAACCCCUCAUUCCAGAUGCAGAAUCAGUUGUCGAAAAAGGUGCGCGGGAGACUCUUCGCAUGCUUAUCAACAGCUCCAACGAGCCCAACCCACAGCUUCUUGAUGUGUUGCCUUCUGUCCUCACCAGAAGCAAGGACAAGAACGUCGUUUCCCUUGGAAGUAGGGGCCUUUAUAUUGGAACCAGAGAUGUUGGUGCCAUCAGCAUUAGCAUGACAACUCAGGGGUUGGCCUCAGUGUCAGAGAAAUCAAUGGGAGGUAGUGUUGGCAAAAGAUAUAUCAGAAGAGAUGAUUUGGGAUAUCAAAAUGAAAAGACUAGUGGUUCUGGUCUAUCGAAUCCUGAUGAUCGUUGCUCAAACUUGAGAGACAGUGGAACACAUUGA